AUGUACUACAUACAUGCCCUGCGGUGGUCCCGGAUAUUGUGCCACCGAAGACCAGCAUCGACUGCGGGUGCUCGGUUCCACUGCUUUUACCUUCUGCUCUGUUUUGUAGUUGUUCACUUUGUCACGAUUUGCUCGUUGCAUUCCGGACUGCCCCAAGACUCAUCAACUUGCGCCACCAUCACAAAUUUAACGACCGUUUCUUUCAUCUCAGUAUACAUGCCUAGCUAUGAACUUGCUCAAUUUCAACUUGGCAAACGCCUUGGUUCGAAACAACUCUUGGGCUUUCGUCAUAUCCUAGCGGGGUCCAUUGCGGGUCUCUGCGGUUCGAUCGUGAAAGUCCCCAUGGACGUUGUCAAGAAGCGACUGCAGGCAGGCUUGUACCCCAACAUGUCCGUCGCAUUAAUUUCGAUCGCCAAUGAAAGCAACCGUCGCUUCCUUUUCAGUCCAAUGCUGCAAUUUUAUGCAGGAUGGAGAAGCUCUAUUAUUUAUGAUGUGCCCUACAAUGCAGUGCAGUUCACUGUACUUGAAAACGUGAAACGUGAACUACGGAAAAUGAGGGGAAAGGAACUCGGGAAACUGGACAACGUUCUGGUAGGAGCAAUUACUGGAAUGAUUACAUCUGUCCUCACAGAACCUCUGGACGUUAUCAAGACUCGAAUGAUGACGCAGAGGCUGCGGACGUCUUCACCGGGCGUCACUUUGUACAAAGGCUGGGUGCAUUGCGUACAAACAAUUGUCAAAGAAGAGGGCUCAAUGGCAUUGUGGAAGGGGACCUUGCCACGUUUAGUGUGGGUUGGGGCAAGUAGCGCAAUAUGGUAUGGAACUUACCAAGCGGCACGACAAUCGAUGAUGACCCGUAGGCAGAAUGAGGUCAAAAAGCCCUCAACACAAUCGCAACCUCGAUAAAAGUCGUUAAAGGUUGUGUAGAGAGCAAGGGUACUGCAAGUUCCAAAACUACGCAUGGGGGUUUGCCCAAACCCGCAGCUGGUAUGUUAAUAUUGAAGAGUGAGCCGUAUGA